GAGAGAGGAUUAUAGUUAGGAAUUUAAAGAAUGGAAAAGUUUUUAAAAACUUUUUUAAUACGUGUUUAUAUUUUUUGUUUAUAUAUAGUAGUUGAACAAAAAUGUUUCUAAAGUGGUAUGAUAAAAUAAAAUAUUGGAAAUGAAAAAGCAAUACAACACUUUAAAUGUCAUGAUAUUUAAGAUCAUAUUAGUUAUUGGUAUUGGCAUAGUAACCUGUUUCGAACAAAGUUUAGUCAAUUCUUCGUCAAAAGUAUUAUUAGCAAGCACGACUGAUGCGUCAAACAACUUCAGCCCAAAUGACUUCAAGGUAAAUAAAGAAAAAAAAAAUCACAGACUGUUGAUCUAUAUAGGAGCAGGAACUGCUGCUUUCGUCUUUAUAUUAUUUGUUGUGAUUUUUAUGAUAACUCAAAGAAGAAAACUGAAGCAAAUCAAAAGGAUACAGAUAGCAGAUAAGUUUUUGAGAAAAAAUAAAGGAUAUGUCUACAAAGAACCUUUAUUUCCUGGUGAAGACAAUAAAGAACUGAAUAAUAAAAACCUGCAAAGGGUGUCAACGUUACCUAACUAUUUAAGCGGAAGUUAUGAGGUAGUCGGCGUAAUGGAAAGAAAGCAUGUACCAUGUAUUGAAAAAUAUAAUUACCUUCCAUCAAAUAGUAUUUUCUAUUUACGUAAUGAAGUUUCAGUACAAAACUCAAGCAAUAAAAUAGUGAAUUAAAAAAAGCAUUUAUUAUCAAAGAUUUUUAUUUGCAAGUAAAAAUGUUUAAUCAAGUAAAGCUAAUGAAAUCAAGUAAAGCUGAUGAAAUCGAUAACUUUGUGCAUAGUUGCAACAAAACAUUUGGAAAGAUGAUUUGUUGGCAUAAUGAUGUAUUUUGUUUCUAUGAAAGCACAAAAAUUAUAAUUUUUAAA